CUGGAAAGUUUGUGUGUCACAGCCAGAGAGCGGUGACACACAAAUUCGAAGGCAAGAAAGAACUAAAGAGAAGAGAGGAUGGGCCUCAAGGUUUCAUUUGUUUUGACUGACACAGUUUAGAGCCACUGGUCAGAUUGGUUCAGGGAAAUUUCAGGACCCAACUGUAAGUGACGUGUUGGGUUACACACUCCUCCCACCUUUCCUCAGGCGAGAGGGAGGGCAGCAGAAGGGGCAAGACGUAACAAACAACAGCCUCAUUCUUGUUGUGUGAGAUCACAGAGCAGCAGAAUGUGUCGACAACUGCUUGAUACUUGAGGGCAAGAUUGUACAAGAGAGGGGAAGAAAUUUUACUGAGGAAGGGAGGACAUAGAAAGAUACGUGGACUGUGGAAGCUUGUGGGGAGGAGACACGAGCUCAUCAAAUUGGUUGGAAAUAUAUUUCACAAGGGCUCUGGGAAGUGCAGCAAGGGAAAAAUGAACUUUCUGAAUGUACUGGCCAAGGCUCUGUAUGACAAUGCUGCAGAAUCUCCCGAUGAACUAUCCUUCCGCAAGGGGGACAUACUGACCGUCUUGGAACGUGACACGCAAGGACUCGAUGGCUGGUGGCUUUGUUCACUUCAUGGUCGCCAAGGCAUUGUCCCUGGCAACCGUCUUAAGGUCCUUGUCGGCAUGUAUGACAAACAGCAAGAUCAUGGAAGUCCAUGCACAACAGAUCCAGUGUCAUCGUGUCCCACUUCCCAAAUGCAGCGACCCCUCCACCCGCAGAGUGAUUUCAAUCAACCUCCAGCCCCAGCUCAAUACACACCAAUGCAGUCUGUUUACUCCACGCCCAAUCCAGCACAGCCCAAAUCUGAUUCCAUCUACAUGAUUCCGCCAUUGCAUGGCCCCAAGCCGAAUCCCCAAAUUUUGUAUCAUGUUCCCUCUGGCCCAAGUGGACCACCGCUUAAGGCCAAGACAGACCCGAGCGUUAAGGCCCCAACACUAGCACCGAUUCAAUGUGAAGUAUCAGGGGAGGAUGUUUAUCAGGUGCCACCUUCUUUAGGUCAGGGGCUAAACCAGGGGAUUACCCAGGCAGCUCCUUUAGUUUUGCCAGGCGCCGGGAAGGAUGUGUACCAGGUGACUUCCACUCUAGAAAAGAGCACCUGGAAAGAUAGCAAGACACCGGAUAAGGGUCUUUCUGCUACUCAAGGAGGUUAUGUCUAUGACACAGUGAAGCCAGAUCGUGAUCAGUAUGAUGUUCCACUCAGACAUCAAUUUUCAACCCAGCAGGAUGUAUAUGAUGUGCCUCCCACCCGUGACAUAUUCAACACACAGGUUUAUGAUUUCCCAUCCACAGUCGGUAAAGAAGUUUCUGUCACUCAACUUAUAAAAGAGGAGACCUAUGAUGUGCCCUCCCAUUUGUCCAACAAGAAACCGCAAGCCUCCACUCUUCCCGAGCAGUACAUGUAUAGCAGUCCCAAUGAUGAUCACAAACGUGAUGUAAAUGUAAAGCAGGAUGAAAAUGUCUAUGAUGUGCCACCCCCUACACUCACCAAAAAACACAGAGGAAGAGAUAAAGUUAGCCAGCUGGCCGAGGAAAUCUACAAUUUUCCAGCUCGCGUGCACCAUGGAGGGCAACCUGCCCUGGAUGUUUAUGACAUCCCAAGAGAGCAAGAGGAGCGAGGAGAGAGCGAAUGCACAAAUAUCUACGAUGUCCCGCCACAGGUCGCCCGUGAUGCCCAAUUGCCAGGUGAGGAGCUGCACAGGGCAUUCAAGCGGCUCUCGGCCUCCAGCACAGGGAGCACACUGAGCAACAACUCGGCUUCCUCCUUGGACAUGCUCCCUGUCACCGACAAUGAGCUGUUCUCAUCAUCUCUUGCCCCAUUUAGUGGAAAACCCCUUCUGUUAGACCUGGACCCGGCCAUGGAGCGCCUUUCCCGCCUUCAACAAGCCGUUGAGUUAAGUGUCUCCGUAAUGAUGUCAUUCAUCACGAGCAACUGGCGAAGCCCGGAUAACUUGGAGGGGAAUCUUCCAGCCAUUCACCAGGCCGUUGACCGGGUGUGUUUCACUCUCCGGGACUUUCUCGAAUUUUCCCGGGGUGCCGUAACAAAUGCGGGCCAGGCCACCGACCGCUCCCUGCAGACCAAAUUGGGCCGACAGGUGGGCAAAUUGGAGGAGGUCUUUCAGAGUUUAAUUGCGCAGACUCAGAGUUUAGAUGCCAUUUCUUGGUUGCAUGCAGAACUCGCCAAACCUCAACCAGGUCGGGAUGUCUUAGAUCAGCUAGUAAUGACAGUGCGUGGAAUCCCAGAUGACGCCAAACAGCUGGCUUCCUUUCUCCACGGCAAUGCCUCAUUGCUCUUCAAACGCAGUCACCAGCAACAGUUACCGCUUCCUCCAUUGCCAGGAGGGAUUAGCUCCCACGUGACAGGAUCAGAAAGUGGGAGCUAUCAAGCGGGAGAGCGAGUAAACAUUCAGUCGCGACCUUUACCCUCGCCCCCGAAGUUUGCUGCUGCAGAGGAAGAGGGGGGUGUUGACAGACCCUAUGAGACCACCGAGGAAGGAUGGAUGGAGGAUUAUGACUAUGUGCAUCUCCAGGGUAAGGAAGAGUUUGAGAAGAGCCAAAGACAACUGAUGGAGAAAGGCAGCAGCAUCAAAAACAAGACACAGUUGGAGCAGCAACAGAUCAAACAGUUUGAACGACUAGAGCAGGAAGUGAGUCGACCGAUCAACAAUGACAUGACUGGCUGGGUUCCAUCGCCGAUUCACCCACAAGGCAACACGCUGACGAAAAAUAUCUCCUCCAAGUUGUGCCACGCCGACCGACAACUUCUGCUUUUCUACCUCGAGCAGUCUGAGCAGAACUUCACAACGAUUAACAAUGCUAUAGAUGCCUUUUUUACUGCCGUCAACUCCAAUCAGCUGCCCAAGAUCUUUGUGGCUCACAGCAAGCUUGUCAUCCUUAGCGCACACAAGCUAGUUUUCAUUGGCGACACGCUAUCCCGUCAGGCCAAGUCACCUGAAGUUCGAGCCGAGGUCGUUCAGAGCAGCAACACCCUCUGUAAUAAGCUCAAAGACAUUGUCAUCAGUACAAAGACGGCAGCGCUGCAAUAUCCGUCACCUGGAGCGGCCAGGGAAAUGAGUGAAAAGGUGAGGGAGCUGGCAGGAUGUACCCAGCAAUUCAAAAUGUUGCUCGGACAUCUGUUGAUGCUAUAGAAUCACCGCGAUAUUGACAAAAGAGAGAUGACAAAAGCUGGAAGUCCUCCUUGGCAUGCUGAGUGGUAACCAAGUGGCAUCGUUCAUAGAGGAAACACAAAAAGCGUCUGGACACUGUUAUUUGCUCUUAUGUACUAUAUGAGCGAUGCGAUGGAACUCUGGCUCCAAUGAGUCUAUGACAAUUUCCGACAUACAGGAAUGGAUUUCACGGAAGCUGCCUACAGCUUUUUUUGUGUGUGUGUGUGCGCGCGCGCGCGCGCGCAUGUGUGUGUGUAUGUAUGUGUAUAUAUAUAUAAUAUAUAUAUAUAUAUAUAUUUAGGGAUGUGAAUCUCAGCACUGAGGACGAUUCGAUACAUAUCUCGAUGCACUACCAGCGAUGCGAUACUUAAACGAUACAUGGAAUUUUCUGGCGACACGAUGCCAUACGUUUCACCGUCUUCACGAUGUGAUACGACGUGAUACACAUUUAAUUCAAACAUUCAUUGCGAUCCGAUCCGAUACGAUACAGUGCAAUUUGUUGUGAUAUUGUGCAAUUAAACAUGAUGCAAAUACGCAAAGAAAAAAAGUUUUAAAAAAGAUGGAAUUUAGUAUGGUAUUGCAAAAAGUAGACCACUUUAUUCCUUAUAAACAGUAGAACGUGUAAAAACUUAUUUACCGUAUUUUCACGACUAUAAGGCGCCAUUAAAAGUCUUAAAUUUUCUCCAAAAUGGACAGGACGCCUUAUGGUGCGGAGCGUCCUUUAUAUGCGCUGAGUUCCAAAAUCUGACUGACAGCUGACAUGCUGUUUAUAUAGAGAAAAGGCGGAAGUGACUGUGGCCAGGCAUGCGGGAAAGAAGUCGGCCAAUCAGGGAAGGGUGGGCGUGUAUAUAUACAUAUAUGGAGAGGGAGAGAGAGAGAGGGAGAGGGAGAGAGAGGACAGGCAAGCUAGUCCGCCAAUGGUGAAGGGUGGGCGUGUAAGUACGCUAAAGGGACGCCUCAAGCCAGUACCAACACUUGUAUAGAGUGUGGCAAUGUGCAUUGUUGCAAAACAACUCCGGUUUUGGUUUCUAAGAACCCCUGAAAAUAAAUUCGACAAAAAGACACGCCUACGAAGCUCAGUUCAAACUUAAAGCCACCGGUUAUGCUUUUGGCAUGCGUGCCCAUCUCACAGCAGCGGUGAAAAACCAAGUCAAGCAAAUGAACUCUGAGCUUGCCGUUAUUCCCGGAGGCUUGACUAAAGAACUCCAACCGCUGGACAUUGGCAUCAACCGGGCGUUCAAAGUAAAGUUGCGAACGGCAUGGGAACAAUGGAUGAUCGGUGGCAAACACAACUUUACAAAGAGUGAGAGGCAGCGCUUGGCGAGUUACGCCACAAUACGCAACAACGAGAGGGAACGCGGCGUUUUUGAUGGAUUACGGUACUUGCACAAUUAUUCAAUUCUUUCUACACACACACGCGCUGUCACCAUGUUUCGCUCUGUUCUUUACUUUCAAAUGUGGGAAAGCUUCUCAUGAAAUAAAUGUUGACUUUGCUGUUGCUGCUCCUUCUUUCCGCUCGGCAAUGCGUAGAAACUCACACUUUAGCAUGUGAUGCGUUCAAUGACAACUGGGAUGUGCAGUCCUCUGCUUCUGAUACAGAGGAUGAGGACUUUGAUGGAUUUCUGGGUGAUGAUUGAUCGAAAAACGUGAGAACAUUGUACGAUGGCUAAAUAAAAUACACCCGAACUCAGUUCUGCUUUCGUUGCCUUUUUAAAAACGUGUUUUUAGCUUAUCUGUAUGUCUUGGCAUGCUACCGUAUGCUUCAAGCUAACGUGUUAGAGUGUGCGCAUGCAUGCCGUAUGUUUAAGCUGGCGUAUGUUUUACCACUGUAAAACUGCGGCCAUUCGUACGGUGCGUCCUGUGUAUGUGUAAAAUACAGAAAUGUCACCCAUUAAUGAGACUGCGGCCAUUAGUACAGUGCGUCGAAUAGUCGUGAAAAUACGGUAAGCCCUUUCACAAUGGGUUUGUGCAAAGAAAAUGUAAACAAUUUGGCACCUGAGACUCACAGCUGUUGCUGUAGUGUAAACACAAACAGACUACUCACUGAGUGUCUUAUAUGAAAUAUCCAUCUCCAUAGGACAGAAAAAAAAUACAAUUGAAACAAUGUGGCAGUCACAGCCUCAAAGCUGCUCUGUGUAUUGUAGCGUACACAGACCACUGUCACUGAGUGUCAAAAUUAAAUGUCCAAAAGAGUCAUCCAUAUAUAGUUUUUCCUUGCGCGGUCACAGUGAGCUGCAAGGGGACCCCAAAAUAAGAGGCGAUUUUUUUCUGAUCCUCACCUGGUUUGCCAAGAGUUUCUCCGGUGUCCAACGAGGAACUGGACGGGGGAUGGGGCGGGGGCGGGAAACUUGUCGGUGAUGUGGUGCCAUCGUUUUAAGUGGUCUGCAUAUUUGUGGUGCAUUCUUUGCAAAUUACGGAGCUUUUAUCAAUCUUUCAGUCUUUCUUUUCGAAGCCGUAGUAUUUCCAAACAUAAGAUCUGAAUGUUGCGGAAGCAUUAAAUACAGUAGUUCCCUCGCUGCUGCUUGCGCGAACUUCCAUAGUGUUUCGCUAGUUGUGUACUGGACUGUAUGUGACGCACGGCUACCGUCCGUAUUCAACACAAAACGCAAAACAAUGAUGGUGCAUUCAUUGCGCCUAGGAAAGGGCAGAUAGGUGACGUUUAACAUGAAUAAAACGGCGCUUGAAUCGGAUUUUACCGAUACCCAUCAAUGCAUCGUGAUGAAUCUCGAUUUCACCCGUCAAUCGCGUCGUACCCAGUGAAUGAGCCGAUGCACUCGAAUCGCGCACGUGUGCAUCGAUGUAUCGAUUAAUAUCGAUUAUUUUCCACACCCUUAAUAUAUAUGUGUGUGUGUGUGUGUGUGUAUAUAUAUAUAUAUAUAUAUAUAUAUAUAUAUAUAUAUAUAUACACUACCGUUCAAAAGUUGGUGGUCACCCAAACAAUUUUGUGUUUUCCAUGAAAAGUCACACUUCUUCACCACCAAACGUUGUGAAAUGAAUAGAAAAUAGAGUCAACACAUUGAGAAGGUUAGAAAUAAUGAUUUGUAUUUGAAAUAAGAUUAUUUUUUCACAUCAAACUUUGCUUUCGUUAAAGAAUCCUCCAUUUGCAGCAAUUACGGCAUUGCAGUACUUUUGCAUUCUAGCUGUUAAUUUGUUUAGGAAAUCUGAAGAAAUUGCACCCCACGCUUCCAGAAGCAGCUCCCACAAGUUGGAUUGGUUGGAUGGGCACUUCUUGCGUACCAUACGGUCAAGCUGCUCCCACAACAGCUCAAUGGGGUUCAGAUCUGGUGACUGCGCUGGCCACUCAAUUACCGAUUACCAGCUGCCUGCUUCUGCUCUAAAUAAUUCUCGCACAAUUUGGAGGUGUGUUUGGAGUCAUUGUCCUGUUGUAGGAUGAAAUUGGCUCCAAUCAAGCGCUGUCCACUUGGUAUGGCAUGGCAUUGCAAAAUGGAGUGAUAGCCUUCCUUAUUUAGAAUCCCUUUUACCCUGUACAAAUCUCCCACCUUACCAGCACCAAAGCAACCCCAGACCAUCAUUACCUCCUCCGUGCUUAACAGAUGACAUCAGGCAUUCUUCCAGCAUCUUUUCAUUUGUUCUGCGUCUCACAAACGUUCUUCUUUGUGAUCCAAACACCUCAAACUUGGAUUCAUCCAUCCACACUUAUUUCCAGUCUUCCUUUGUCCAAUGUCUGUGUUCUUUUGCCCAUCUUAAUCUUUUUCUUUUAUUGGCCUGUCUCAGAUAUGGCUUUUUCUUUGCCACUCUGCCCUGAAGCCCAGAAUCUCGUAGCUGCCUCUUCGCUGUAGAUGUUGACACUGGUGUUUUGCGGGUACUAUUUAAUGAAGAUGCCAUUUGGGGACCUGUGAGGCGUCUGUUUCUCAAACUAGAGACUCUAAUGUACUUAUCUUCUUGCUCAGUUGUGCAACGCUGCCUCCCACUUCUUUUUCGACUCAGGUUCGAGCCUGUUUGUGCUGUCCUCUGAAGGGAGUAGUACACACCGUUGUAGGAAAUCUUCAAUUUCUUAGCAAUUUCUCGCAUUGGAAUAGCCUUCCUUUCUAAGAACAAGAAUAGACUGUUGAGUUUCAGAUGAAAGUUCUCUUUUUCUGGCCAUUUUGAUCGUUUAAUUGACCCCACAAAUGUGAUGCUCCAGAAACUCAAUCUGAUCACAGGAAGGUCAGUUUUGUAGCUUCUGUAACGAGCUAAACUGUUUUCAGAAACAUGAUUGCACAAGGGGUUUCUAAUCAUCAAUUAGCCUUCUGAGCCAAUGAGCAAACACAUUGUACCAUUAGAGCGCUGGAGUGAUAGUUGCUGGAAAUGGGCCUCUAUACACCUAUGUAGAUAUUGCACCAAAAACCAGACAUUUGCAGCUGGAAUAGUCAUUUACCAUAUUAGCAAUGUAUAGAGUGCAUUUCUUUAAAGUUAAGACUAGUUUAAAAUGAUCUUAAUUGAAAAGUACAGUGCUUUUCCUUCAAAAAUAAGGACAUUUCGAUGUGACCCCAAACUUUUGAAUGGUAGUGAAUAUAUAUAUGCCGUAUAAUGAUGAGCAUAGUCGUAAAAUAUCAAUUGUGUUCUUUUAGAAAUUCCACAAUGACCAUAUAUGAAUACGAAUGUCACUCAGGACAGGCUCUGAGCAAAAGUCGAAAAAAAUCGUUCGUAAAUAAAUUGUAGGUGUUUAUGAGCUGUGGUUGGGCAGUUCCAAUGACCCUGACUCAUUGUGACCUUGACAGAUGGAUCAGGUGGAGGUCAGGGGUUUGAUUCACAGUAGUCAGUAGUACUUGAGUCCUUCAGCAAGACUUUGAGGCCUUAUCGGUGUUCAAUGAGCUCACACCCCACUGAAAGCAUUAGAUAAGUGAAGUCCACACUGCAAAUCUGCUGGCGUUAAUGCAACACCUCAGGCGUUCAUUUUAACACUGGUGAAGUAUCGAUAAGCAUCCACAUUGACAAGUGUAACAUCUACAAACGUGUUCAAUCUUCAACACCCAAUAGAGUGUAACAGCAAAAUAUAGUGUUGAUAUUGCAGUAAUCAUGAUACUUCUGAGUGUUUAGAUAAACACUAACAAGUGUUCAUGUCAACACUAUGCAGUCUGGGUCAAAGUAACCCAGGCCUCACAAUCUUAAAGGGAUAGUAUGUAAAAAUGUGAUUUUUCAAUGGUCAUUUCAUUUCAAAAACCCACUAUUCAUUUCAAUAAUAUAUAACAUACAAACAUUUCAUUAUGGUAUUCGCUUCCAAAGUGUUUCACCCAGGAGAUGGUGGCAACGCACUUUGAUAAUUAGGUGGUUCGCCAAACGUUUCAUCAUGUAUUUGUUACCUAAUGGCUGUUCGGAUGUUGAGUGGUUUUGCAUACUUUUUGGGCCACCUUGAUCCGUGUAUGUUUCAUUUAUUCAUUGUUUUCACAACAAAAUGUGAAAGAAAAAAAUGAACACAGACAAAAGCAUUUAUUCCCAAAAACAAACAAACAAACAAACAGAAAAAAAGGAGAACAACUCCAAAACAAGAGCGGCUCCUCUUGUUUUAUGUUGAGGGAAGAAAUUUCAUCUGUGCUGUAUGUUACACAUACAUCAUGAGCACACAUUAUAACCUCGUAACUUGCUGAAUAUCUGAGUGAUUUUGAUUUGUUGGUUUUAUUUUGUUGCAAAUGUCAGACAUGUCGCUACAAUUCCCCUGCCCCCCAAAAAUCGAUGUGCAAUCAAAAUAUUUCCUCACUAAAAUAUUGCGCCUUAUAAGGCAAAACAGUCUUCAGAUCGAUUAACGUCAUCUGAUGUCAGAAAACUCCACUCGAUUCUCACUUUCCCCCCAAAUGUAUGUCGACUUCUUUGCGUAUUAACGAACGCACCCCACGAUUGGCCAAGUGCCUCGUGAAUGAUUGGCUCAUUAAUGUGAUCUGUUUUCAACAAUAUGAAACAGAAAAACUCAAGUGAAAACCAAAUUAUGAGGAUUAUUUUCAUCAAGUGCCACAAUGUGAGAGUUUUUCCUACUCUUGGGAAGUCUGAUUCCGUCUUGAAAGCGUGGAGGAUAAUAAUGCUGAAGAAAAUUGUCUCGACUCUUAGCAGUGAACUUCAAAAUAUUUCAUGAAGGUGCGGUCUCAAUUUCAAAUCAACAUUCAGGGUCCAGCAGGUGACACUCCAUUUUAAUAACAUAUCAGUUUUAUUGAACAUCUAUGAUGACAGAGGUGACACUAUUUGAUGGUGGUGUUAUUGGAACUUUUAACACUGGCCUAUUUGCAGUGCAUAUCCAUUUUUAAAUCCUGUGUUGGUUACAUUUGAUUAUUUUUAAAAAUUUGUUUUUACACAUGUAUUUGUCGGAAAAUGAAUGAAUAUUUGUCCUACUCUCGCUGUCCGACACUGUCAAAAUGAUUGCUGUGAAAAAGACCUUUUAAGAAACGCUCGUGGUCGUUCAGAAACCUUGCAUGUUUUACUGGUCUUGAGGCACAAUGGACAUGAUAACAGAAUACUGCAUUUUUUUAAAAAAUUGUGAAAUCAUUGUUUCAGUUCGAAAAUGUGCUUGAAUAUGGUGUGUGAUCAUUUAUGCGCUGCAAAAUGAGACUGAGGCCAAUUAUUUCAAAAGGUUUGUACAUUUCACGUGAAUGAACAGUCUUGUUCAGAGUAGUUUUUUGUCUGAGUUUUUUUUUUACAAAAGCAUGUCGGUUUUGUAACAUAUCCCGCAUUUAAUUUACAAUUUAAAAUAUGAGAAAGUGUAUGUUAAAAAUAUAGAAUGUUCAAAGAGUAUUAUUCUACAAUUUGCUCUCCAACUACCACUCUAAUUAACUUUAAUAUACAGUAACAUUGUUGUGUUCAUAAAUGUUUUUUUAAAAAGACAUUAAUUGCAAGCUACUGUAAAUUGUGAAGUUUGAAAAUGAACACUGCAUUUAAGUAUUCAAACUGUACUGAGUUUAAAAAUAUAUAUAUAUUAUGCAUAAAAGUAAAAUAAUUGUCCCUAAAUACAUUAAAAACAGUUUUAAAUUACAUUUAGUGUCCUAUUCUUUCUAAUUAAAGUUAAAUACAACUGAACUGUACUCGAAAAAUUGACUAUUUGAAAAGUUAUACACGAAAAAAAACCCUGACAUGACUGGAAAAAAAGACUUAUCAGGCAACGUGCAUUUGUUUUGCAAAUGAUAUUGCACGUUUUGAAUGCAAAUUUAAGUUUGAGUGAUUAUUUUUCAUCAGGAGAGAUGCCACAGGUGGGCACACCUUUGGGAACCAUCGAUGCAUAGUCGGGGUAAAUGGGGGGAGUUCUCUUGUAUGAUGCCUUUUUCGACCUUCCAGUGACUCAAAAACACUUCUGAAACCUCAUUCACGCAGUCCCACAAUUUGAUGGAAUCCAGAGUGCAGUGAGGUCAUGAUCAAAACGUAUUGACACUCAUUUACAUAAUGAUGCAGCACCAGGUGCAGAUUUCUGUGCAGUUUUUUGCUCAAGGAUGCUUCGGUUUGGGACCAAAUCCACAGUCUUCGGGUUGAGGAACAACCACUCGACUACCCGAGCUGUACGUGUAUCUGUUAUUUCAUUGGCAGUGUGGUCAGUGUAAUAAAUAUGCACACCCUGAAAGGAA